AUGGGAAGUGCUGGAAUCACUAUCAUGGAAGUUGAUUCCAUAAUGAAGGAAAUGGAAACCAGGAUGAUUUCGAAGGCAUCAGGGUUAAUACGUGAUUCUGAAAGCCGCAUUCUUGAGAAAACUGAUCAGAAUGAUAGUUCUACAGAGAAUAGAAUCAAUUCUUUGAGAUCUGAUUUUCUGAAGGAAGUGAAGGAUUUGAAGAUUGUUACGAAGGAGCGUCAUGUGCUCUUCGUACAGGAAGUUAAGAAGGUUAGAGAAGACGUUAAUAUGCAAAUUCGUGAACUUCGUGAAACAAUGACGAAGGAGGUUCAGCAUAUUCAACAAGGGUAUGAAUCAGCACAUCAGAAGAUCGAUAUUAUUUGUGAUGCGGUUGUUCAAUGUGUUCAGAUGUUCGAACAAGUCAAUCCUCAGAUGAUCUCUUUUUCAGCUACAGAAGAACAACAUGUUGGAGAGUUGGUGAAAUUGCUAAAAGAACUUCAAGAAAUAUCUUUGAAAGUUUCCUCACCAAUUAUUUCUCAAGAAUUUCUUUCUCAGAAAUUCAUUCAUUUCGAAUCCAUUCUACAAAAACACCUUGCUCCAUUGCUUCGAAUUUCAAGCCUUUUGCCAAACGUAUCAGAUGCCCACCUGCUUUCACAGGGGUGCAAGGGGGAGAAAGGUUGGUCAAGCAAAGGCUGGGGAACAGAGAAAAAUUGA